UGGAAAAGUGCCCCGCCCCCAUUGGCCCCAGAACAAAAUAAACUGAACAAAACCAGCUGCUCAAAAUCGUUUUAAAUUUUGCCUUUAAUUUUCUAAACAAAGUUGAACUCCUUUAAUUAUUUCCAUCACAAGGUUCGUCUGGCUUUGAAAUUACAUAAAAUCGUGUGUCAGUCAUUUGUGGUCAUUUUCGUUAUAUUGCCUUAAAAAAUUAGAACAUGACAGUAAAAAUAAGCGUUUGAAAAUAAAUUCAGCAAACAAUUCUGGAAAAAUCCAACCGUGGACAAAAUGAGUUCCAGCGAGUACACAUUGCUGCUGAAGCCCAGUGCCGACCUGCUUCAAUUCAUCAAGACUGAAAUUGAAGAAGAUCCUGCCAAGGACGACAUUCCAAAAGGCAUAAUAAAAUUAGGAAAGGGAGAGGUGGAGGAUUUUUCCUCCGGUGAAUUUGCUUGGGUCCUCAAACGAAGCCAACUCAAGGGCGUCUCCAUCAGGAAACUAGGACUGGAAAUCGUCCUUCCAACUUUGGAGCAGGUGCCGCGCGAUCCAGUGCUGGAGGCCAGGUGUCGACGGCUCAAGGCACAACAGGAAGACCGACAGUACAAGGCCAUGACCAAAUCCGUGGACGCGACGAGAUUCAAAUUCCAGGAGGAGUCGAUCGGCUCGCAGCUGAAGGAGAUGAACCGGCAGCUCAUAGGCGUCGGCCAGCUUAUUUUGUCUGUGGCCGCUGGUUUUGCUUUCGGCUUCAUUGGCCUGGAACUGAUCAUCGGCGAGAUGGAAAUGGGCUUCAGGUUUUUGUGUGGAACACUCUGUGCCUUGGUGAUUGCGGUUGCCGAACUUUACUUCCUUAUCAAGCACGUUGAUUUGUCCGAAUACCCUCUCGACGCCCAGACUGCACAGAAAACUGUAAUCAAUGAUCCGAAAGGAAAUGAGCGCAAGAAGAAUCAGUAAAAAAGUGAAAGUGCACCAGCUGUAUAAUUAAUCAUCAAUAUUUUAUUAUUGUUUGUAAUUAAUGUGAUCAAAUGUUGUAUUAAUCAAUUAGCAAAAUAAAUAGUUAGUAGAUCAUUGAUGGAAA